CGACGCCAUUUCAACUCAGACUGCAUUUGAUACGAAUUCGUCGUGGUGUGAGGCGGGCAGGUUAAACCGAUCUUGUUUUGCUUUCGUUUGUUAUCUUGAGUCUCGAUAUUUAGGGAUGAGGAUAUCUUGGUUUAACCUACCUUACUUGAUACUUGGUUUUUAUUUUGUGUGUUGUGCUCACAGUCAGUGAGCGUUAGGCACUUGUGAACGCUUUAGCUUUAAUAUCAACGUUGAGUUGUGAGUCUCUUUUUAGCAACAACUUUUUGUUAUCAAGCUUUCCGUUGAAAACGUUUCAGUGAACAUGUUUAAUCAGCCUAGAAUAUCUUCGGUCUGUAACGUUAGCAUCGUAUUUUUUUUUUUUUUUUUUUUCAACGCUAGUUAACGUUAGCUAACGGCAUGCCACGCGAGCAAAGUAUAGGCUCAUGUUAAUGCCAGCUUUCUGACGUUACUCCUUAACAAUCGUUUUAUAUGCCAGAAAACAGAUACCUGACUUUUCUCAGUGACGUUAUAUACUAGUUUAUGUUGAUAAUGGAGCCAUUCCAAGUUGUUUUUUCUAACUUUGGUAACGGCAGUUGGUUCAAGAUGGGAGCCGUGACGUAGCAGCUUGUAACCGUUAGCCAUUGGUUGAUUUGAAUAACUCGUGACGCGCUAAAGGGCGUGGUGGGGAUUUGACCAGCUGCAAGGUUAGCCAUCGCCGCAAAGCUACACAGGCGCAAAUAUUUCAUUCCGUUAACAACCGAAGAUACAAGAAGAAGAAGAAGCCUUAAAUAACAGCGUUUGCGUUAAAUGUUGCGCAAUGACGUGUAUAGAGAAGACAUGAGUCGACCAGCUUGGUCAUAAGGUAGCGUCUCAAAAUAGACAGAUCGGAAUGUUACGACGGUUAUAAAAAGCAAACUUAAUCCUUUACAGAAUAAAAUCCACAGAGCAGUUAAGAUAUAAAAGCGAUAUGAAUAUUUAUCAACGUGCAAGUUUUUGCAUUAUAAAAAAAUUGGUUAUAUCAUACCCCAAACAGCUAGUAGUAACAUUUAGUAGAAAGGCACCCGUCUGAGACUAAAAAGAGCCGAAGUAGGAAAGAAUGUAUGUAUGUAUGUAUUGAUUAUGAAAAUUAAGUCUGCUGAAUAGAAAAAUGGUUAACAAAGGAAACUAGGUUGUUUUUUAAGGAUCAGUCAAGAUAAUCAUUUUUGUGGACCUUAAAUAUGGUGGCUGAGGCCUUGGUGUCUUUAAUCUAUACCAUUGUCUAGACUCGAUUUUUUUCUUGAUUGUUGCUUAGCCAUUUCCAGUUUCUUAGUAAAGGCCAUGUUUUCAAGUUUGAAAUUAUUUUUCCUUUGACCAAAGAAACUAAUCAGCCUGAAAGGAAUCAAAGCUCAACUAUGAAGAGCAGAGCUUUAACUGUAGCUCAAAGAAUCACAGGCUCAGAUGUUUUUGUUUUUUUUUUUGUUUGUUUUUUAAACCUUUUUGUUUGUUUUUUACCGCUUAGAGAAGAAAGAAGAUGGGUUUUUUUUUUUUUUGGUUUUUUUUGUUUGUUUUUUUUCCCUCUUCUGGGGAAAAUGGACUGAGUUGUGAAGGGGAGGAAAUGGACUUAGUUAGAUGAAGAUCGCGGGACCAGUGCGGAGUGAGGCUGUGGUACACGGGGAGGACCAGCGUGUGGAGCCAGGCAGGACAGGACCAGAGGGUGUGGGAGAACCAGUGGUUCCAGGCAGGACCGGAGGGAAGAGCAGAGGGGCCCAGGAGAGCAGGAAGCAGCUGCAGCAGCUGGCGUGUACACCAGAGGGAGCCAGAGCCACAGGGCAGGGUAGCAGCAGCAGCAGCAGCAGAGUGGCCAUCCUGAAGCAGUUGCAGCAGUUCCAGAGCAAGCCAGCCAGUGAAAGGGUGGGACGGGACUCACAAGGGUCUUCUAGCUUCACAAGUUUAAAGCGAGGAGUUGGUUUGUAUAUUGGGUAGCGGUAUCUCUAACAUUCUCAGGCAAUUAGUUAUUUCACUUAUUCCAGAAGCAAUUGUUUUGGAACACAAUUUCUCGCACAGCUCUCUUCCUCUUUUCAGGCAAGCCGUGUAACGCGUUGUGUACUGUGGUCACCCCUCCUGUUGUGCGCUGACUAGAGUGUGGUGAUGUCUGCUGUGAUGAAUGCCUUGGUAGUGUGCUGGCGAGAGGAACAUCUUUUCGGACUUCUCUACUCCACUUCGAUCACAACUAGUUCCCCGGGCCGAUGGAGAGGCAGUCCCUUUGUUGUUCGAUAGGUCCUCCUGAAAGAAGCUUUCGGCAUUGGAGUGUGAGAGUGGAUGGUCUCCUGAGUGGAUGGUCUCCUGUCUGGCUGGUUGAUGCGCGUAUACUGCAACCUUCAGUACUUCAGCGUCACACCAUUGGUACAGAUCAGCUACAUCUACCUCUUAACCUCAGCAGUGAGUUAAUGCAUGAAAUGUACAUGUGGGUGUAACUAUCCUGUACAUUAACUCUUCGUUGCCUACACUGUUUAGUAUAGUAAUUUUUGCCAUCAAAAGAAGAAAUGUUUUGAAAUAGUUGAUCCUGGUUUGUAAAAAACAAAUAGAAAAUCUUGGAGGGUUAGGGGGAGGGGGCUUUUAAAACGUGUUUCGAGUUUUUCUUUCCACAGGCCUGGCCCCCUAAAGCGGAUCAACGAAAGAAUACCCUCAUCCUAACCUCUCGAUACACGUUGAGCUCAUCUUAAAUAUUAUAGCGCUGUGGAUCGGGAUCAUUCGCACCCGUUGCGGUUUAAAGAGAUGUAGGAAGGUAUUUGGUAUUGUUCAAUAAAUCCAUUAGAUUCUUUAUUGAUUCUACCCUUUUUGGAACGUGUUGUAAACUGGGUUUCAUGGUCAUCAUUUGGGAAAUGGGAGGGUGGGGUUGUGGGGCGUUAAUCCGUCUCUUCCCUAGACUUCACAGCUCCGUUACCCAACACAAAAAGGCUUGAAUAGGAAACCUCCAGGUGCACCCAACAAGAUUCAAGUGGACUCGUUGCCUCGCAGGAUAGCAACUUCAAAACUAGUCCCCUGGUGUAGCAAGAAGCUCUGUUUUCCUAGGAGUGCGGUAACAAGUCUCUUUACUAGAAGUCAUUGUAAUUCUGUACAGGCUUCACGUUGCUCUGUUGGGUUGGGAGGGGCUUGUGUAUUUGUGACUCUUGCAGAUUAAGUUAUAUGGCCCGCCCUUGAAAAAUCUACAUUCAAGUCCACGUCUACAGUUCCUAAGGAAGGAAUCCGCUGCGUUCAGGCCUGCGGUAUUUAAAUGUUCUUCUGGGAAAUAUCAUAAAUCUUUUUAUGAAUUGUAUUCGUAGUGAUGGUUGUGUCGUUAUUAUGAGAGUACUGUAACGAAAGUAAAUUCUCUUGUAGUUCUGUACUGCAUCAUUGGAGGGGUAUUGUGGGGAGUGGCUUUUUCCUUUGCAUUUUUCAGUGUGCUGUGUCCUGUGCGCUUUCCAAUACCCGAGACCACCAGGAAUUCUCCUAACUCAUUGUUUGUACAAGUUUCCUUGCGCAUCGAGCAUCACGUAAGGUCACUGAACGUGUUCACAUUUCUCUUAACAUUCAUUGUCUGGCUAAAUACCUUCAUUGCAAGUCCUUUGCAAUUAGUUACUAUACCUUGUAUUGACAAUACAAUGAGUGAACUAUCUGUAAAGGAUUUUCUUAUUGCGUAAUAAAUGCAUAGCUUGUUGUGAUUUGAAUACAGUUUUGGUAUGCAUUUGUUCUUCUUGGGUGCUUGUGUGGGGGGAGCUUUUCUUGUGCUUUUUCAGGUAUGACUAAAGCUUGGAGCUUGGUAGAGCACGGAUGUGACCAGGGCUUGAAUGACAUCCUUUUCAAAGUGGAAAUGGAAGGCAGAUAAGUUGAAUCCAUCAGAUAUUGAUGUUGGAAAGUGGAAAAUUCUCAACCCGAGGGGUUCUUAUCUUGACUGGCUCAACUGCCCUCAUUUUUCUUUAAUGAAAGCAACUUGCUAUACUUGACAGUAGAAAUAGCACCGUUGUGCUUUCUUAACAAGAGUGUUGUGAUAACGGGAAGAUUUGAUGUACCUUCAUUGACUCUGACGUUAUUUGCAGUAAAGCAUUUGGGUAAGGAUAACAAUGGUCAGUUCUAUGAUACUGUGAGGGGGGGGGGUCUCUCUUUACUGCCUCUUUGAUCUUACAGAAGUGUCGAAAGGAAGAAUGCAGUCUACCUAGGACAACACGGGAAUCACCCUGCCCUUUGAAAUCAACCAACACGCAGUUUGAACAAAUGGAGUCAGGUUGUCUGUGUGUAGUCUGGAACAAUUAGCCCUCAGCUGCUCGCCCUUGUGCAACUGUGCAAGUGGCAGGUUGAUCAUACAAAAUUACUUUGCAGUCGCGCAACUGUGCGAAGCUUUCCAAAUGUAAGUAGCUGAGGAACGCUGUGCAUUGUGCAGCUUUAAUUUGGUCUGAAAUGCAGCAGCGCAAAGGCGUUGCUUUUGUGUUUUGGUUGGGUGUAUCCCUACACUUCUCUUCACAGACAACGGGUGCACGAGUGAAGUCCUCUAACCUGGAGCGUGUAGUAAGAUGUUGGCUUAACUUGUCAAAAUAAACUUCUGCAAUGUUGUAGUUGACAAAAUGACAUCUUGGAACUGGCUUUAUGUUAACCUCAAAUCAUCAGUAACAAGAAUGCUUUACUAGCAUAUUCUCUUUAGCCAUGGGCCCUACUGCUUUGCAUCUUAAACCAUAAGAUGAGUAGAACUCAAAUCUUUGAGUAUUGUGUGGUGGGUGUUGUGUAGAUCACUCUUUGUUUCAGAUCAUUUUCGUCUGUCCGCCCCCGAUCUCGCCUGCCUCUGAAUGCAAAGCCAUCUGUGGAAGCUGUCCUCAAAUAUGAGUGUGGUCCCUGAAUGACGUUCCAACCCCCCCUGUGCGCUUGAGCUUAAAUCUGAACCCCCGACGUCCUUCGCAGAAGCCCCGCUCUCUGUGUUUGUGUGCCUCUUUUUCUUUCCCCUUUUUGGUUUCUCAGGUCAAAAUUUCCCUAACAUUGUCUUAAAUUGUCAUCCGGGAUGGCCUAACCUGUGAUGGAGCACUGAGAAUCCACUCGCAUUAAGAUCAAGAGCUGCAAGCUUAUCUCGCAUACACUGCAUCACUUCAGUCUCAUGGGUGUGAAGUUAAGUAAUUUUGGUUCCCUUGAUUUUUCUUUAACAUACCAUGGCUUUAAUGUGUAACUCAACAUGUUGCAUGCACAUCGCCUCUGCAUAACAUUUUAUUCGUAACACACAACCUACUAUUCAUGAAGUCGUUGUCAAACAUUGCAGUAGUAUUUGGUCGGAGGGAGGGGGGGGGCAACAACAUUCUUCUCUCUUCCUUUCAGAUUUCUCGUUCAGCUUAAGUUGAUACUGAGCCAGGCGACUAAACCUCUGCGGGGAGGCGUGACUUGGUACAGCCCGCCUCUAGGAUACGCUCUUAAUGCAUCACUGAAUAGCUGUGGUAAAUGCUGCUAUGCCAGUCGCGGUAAACAAUGAACGUAUUGACAUAAUUUGUCGUAUUGACAGAAAAUUGGUGUGUGGGGGGUGGGGGCAGGGCUUAAAUUGUGUGUUUUUCCAUUACAGCAGUAAACUUCACUGUCCGUAUGACCAGCAAGUCCAGCUGAAUGUCAAAGGGAAAAAUGUUUCACCGGGGACGCUGGUAUCGUGGCUUUGUUAAUCUGGAUAAAGUGAUGCGGUGGAUUCAGUGUUGUACCAAUGCUUUGUCAUGGGGAAUGCUGGGGAUUGUGGAAACAAGUGUCUUGUCUUCUAGUUUCAGCCUCGUGACCAAGAGAAAUCCCCAUGUGGUGACAGCAAAUUAUAGCAGCCAGGUGUUUAGUGGUUUUCUUUUCCUAGAGGAACAAACUGCUUCUGUUUUUUGUUCCUCCAGGUUUUGCUUUUACCCGUAAUACAGCAACAACAAAAAAGCAAAAGACUCCGGUGGUGGCACUCCUGACUUUGUCAGGACAGGGUUCAAGCCCCUGCGGUGUCUUGCUUUAUAGUAUGCUGUGUGGGGAAAACUGAUGUAGCCAUUCAAAGGACUUUUCAUAUUGUGAUAUGGAAGUCAAUUUAAGCUGGAUUAAAAUAUAUAGGGGACCUUGCAUCAAUAAGGGUUGGGUUUUAAGUAUGUUGAGCUAGCAAUUUUACUGUUCCACAUUACAUUUAUUACGCAAAAUAACUGCACAAAAGUUCAUUACCUAAGACUGACUUUGACAACAAGAAAUGGGACAGUUAUGGUUAUAAUUUAAACAUGUUUGAAAUGUAUUUUGUGCCUUAGUGUGAUUUGUAAGUGUUUUUAAUGUAUAAACUAAUAAAACUCUUGUUACCCUGCCUUACAAUUUGACUUUCACUCAUAUUUUCUGGUUUGGCUGUAUCUGAGCCUAAGGGGUUUGACAGAUGAAGAGGACUUGGUCCAAGUGAAGACAUGGACGCAUACUCCGAUCAAAUCAAGAUACUCUGGGUACAGAUACAGAAUCAAGAUACAGAACAAACUACUUUGUUCUGUACUAAUGUCAAAAUUCAUAAAUGAUUACACGCCUUAUAUUUUCUUUGGCUUUCUAUCGUUCUCUGAAUGGUAUUACUGAAAAAGGUAUACAGUUGAAUUGUCUGCGUACCAAAAGGGUCGUAAAAAGCUAGACAUGUUUUUGUUCACUGCAGAGACCCUGAUGCCAACAUAUUGCACAUAUCUUAUUGGUCUAACUGAAGAGUUCUAUUAUAAGCAUCUAAUAGUCUUAACCCUGUCAAGUGUGGUGAUGUGAGUUUUGUUAGGGCACUUGCUUCCAGGGGUUAGGUGUCUGACAGUGGAGUGAUCAUUUCCUGACACUAUACAAUAUAUGAAAAUUUGUUUUAUGCUCAAAUGACAAAAAAUAAAUGUAUAAAAUAAAGUUGCCAUGAUGAGUCACCAGAGCAGCUUUGUUCAUUGUAACCCAUCUGUGUUUAAGCUAGAGUAAAGUAAAACAUGAGAUGCAAACAUGACUAAAAUUCAAACUACCAUGGUAAAUACUUCCAUAUUUCUGUUGAAUCUCCACUACUUUACUCUGGUUGCUUUGUUACUGUCUCUCAAUUCACCUCGUCGACCUUGGGGACGUCAUUGCUAACAUGCUACCUAGACUGAAUCUAUCAUGUCAUAACAGAUUGCCUUAUGGGUCAACACUAAAGUGAUCUAUGGCAAUUUAAAUAUUUCUGGGGCCCUGUUGACUCCGUUUAUGGCAACAAACUGACAAUCAAUAAGGGACCAUUGUGGUAAUGUCUAAAUAUCAUUAUUUAAUGCUGACAUGAACUUCCAAAGUGUAGAUAUUUAUUUUUGUUCAUAAAUACAGAACACCUGUUCAGUCCUCCAACGAGCAAUAAUAUCUAAAAGGAGAAUUUGCACGAGGUCAUGUUGUGACUCACCCACAAAAAAGGCGUCGAUAUAAUUUCAGAUUCUGACUUGUAAAAAUGUAUUUAUUUAUAUAUCUAAAUGCAGUUCUUAGUUAGCAUGCCAUCGGUGAUUCAUUUUAACCUGCUGCGGAACCAAUGUGCAGAAACGAAGUUUUACCCGGAGCCAGUUUACUUCCGUGCUAGUUGCUAGCUAGCUAGCGUCCUAUAGCUCUCUAGCUAGCAGUCUGUUUAGUGUGUUUGUGUUUGAUGCGGUGUGUGGAGGAGGAAAGAGGAGAUGUGGUCCUUUUUUGCCAGGGAUCCUGUCAAAGACUUUGCUUAUGAAAUUCUGCCAGACAUCCAAGAGAAGUCUGGAAUAUGGAGUCUCCAUCGGGGGAAGCGAAAGACCAAUGGAGAGCCAGUGUCGGUGUUUAUCUACGAGCUGUCUCAGGGAACAGAGCAGCAGACCCAGCUGGCCAAGGCUGCCUUCAAGCGGAUGAAGACCCUGCGGCACCCGAACAUCCUGGCUUAUGUGGAUGGAUUGGAGACAGAGAAGAGCCUGUACCUGGUUACUGAGCAGGUGACACCGUUGGCAGUCCACCUGAAGGCCCAGGCAGAGAAGGGGGGAUCUGGGGAGCUGGAGGUCUCCUGGGGACUGCACCAGAUAGUGAAAGCUCUGAGUUUCCUGGUCAAUGACUGCCACCUGCUCCAUAACAACGUGGGUGUAUCCGCUGUUUUUGUGGAUCGAGCUGGGGAGUGGAAGCUGGGGGCCCUCGAUCAUGUGUCCCCUGAGCAGGGUGACCCAAGUGGGGUCUCACUCCCCACCCCAAAGGCUGUUUACCCAGACAUGGAGAGAUAUGACCCACCAGAGAUGUCCAAUAGCAGUGGAGAGAAAUGGGCAGGGGAGGUGUGGCGGCUAGGCUGCCUGAUCUGGGAGGUGUUCAACGGGCCACUGCCUCGCACGUCCUCCCUUCGUUCACUGGGAAAGAUCCCCAAGGCCCUGGUCCCUCAUUACUGUGAGCUGGUGGGGGCCAACCCCCGAGCUCGGCCCAACCCGGCCCGCUUUCUCCAGAACUGUAGAGCCACCGGGGGAUUUCUCAGCAACAGCUUUGUGGAGAGCAACCUUUUCCUGGAGGAGAUACAGAUCAAGGAGCCGGCUGAGAAGCAGCAGUUCUUCCAGGAUCUGAGUGACAAUCUGGACUCCUUCCCUGAAGACUUUUGCAAACAUAAGGUCCUUCCUCAGCUGCUCACCGCCUUUGAGUUUGGCAAUGCAGGCGCUGUAGUCCUCACACCGCUCUUCAAGGUGGGGAAGUUCCUGUCGGCUGAAGAGUACCAACAGAAGAUCAUCCCUGUUAUCGUGAAGAUGUUCUCCUCCACAGACAGAGCCAUGAGGAUACGACUGCUGCAGCAGAUGGAGCAGUUCAUUCAGUAUCUGAAUGAUGCAGCAGUCAAUUCCCAGAUUUUCCCUCACGUUGUUCACGGCUUCACAGAUACCAACCCUGCCAUCAGAGAACAGACUGUCAAGUCUAUGUUGCUGAUGGCUCCCAAGCUGAAUGAGAGCAACCUGAACCAGGAGCUGAUGCGCCACUUUGCCCGACUGCAGGCCAGAGACGAACAAGGCCCGAUCCGGUGCAACACCACCGUCUGCCUGGGCAAGAUCGCCUCCUACCUCAACGCGGGGACUCGACAACGUGUUCUGAUUUCUGCAUUUUCACGAGCAACUAAAGAUCCCUUCCCGGCUUCACGCUCCGCCGGCGUACUGGGCUUCGCUGCCACACACAACUUCUACGGCGUAACAGAGAUUGCCGCCCGCAUCCUCCCUACCCUCUGCGCCGUUACUGUUGACCCCGAUAAGAGCGUCAGAGACCAGGCAUUCAAAGCCAUCAAGAGUUUCCUUUCCAAGCUGGAGACCGUGUCAGAAGACCCCACCAAGCUGGCGGAUAUAGAAAAGGAUGUAGCGUCCUGUGCUCAGCCUGCAGGUGCGUCUUCCAGCUGGGCCGGCUGGGCUGUGACUGGCAUGUCCACGAUAACGUCUAAGCUGAUCCGCAACGCUCCGGGGACAGAGGGUAGCGCAGCAGCUGAGGACAGCGAGCCCGCUAAUGCCACCAGCCCUACCAGUGCCACAGAUGGAGCACCUGUACCUGGUUCUGAAGAGAGAACUCCUGAAGCCCCUGUGACUGACCACGCUGCCUCCAGCCAUGCCAACCAAUCACAGACUCAUGAACUAACGGUCAAUGAUGAGGAGCCAAUAGGAGACCGCUGGGAUGAAGAGGAGGACUGGGGAAGUUUGGAGGCGCCAGAGAAAACUCUCACUGAGCCAGAUGACUGGAACACUGACUGGAUGGCAUCAUCCAAAAAGAAAGCCAGUGUCAAAGGAGCGGGCCGGGCGUCGUCCUCCAUGGCGGGGAAGAAGCAGAGCGCUGACUGGAGCAGCUCAGGCUGGGACGCAGACGACAGCUGGUCCAACGAGAAGGAAGGGCCGGGUCAGAGCUCUGCGGGCGAGGAAGGCUGGGGCAACGACUGGGGGGAGGAGGACACGGACACAACCCUGGCCAAUGCGACGCUCCCCCUGCCAGAGGGAGUGCGGUUAGCCAGCGAGUACAACUGGGAUGGCAGCAGCUCGGCCACCAAGGCGGCCAGUCAGAAUGAUCUGUUCGCCAGCGUGUCCCAGAGAAACACAGCCGGCACUGCUGCCACCGCGACUGGGGAAGGCUGGACUGCAGAGGCAACAGGAGAUUGGGGAGCUGAAGAGAGCUGGGAGUCAGUGGAUGGGAACCAGGGUAUCAGCAAGGCCGAGCUUUCCAAGAAGAAACGUGAGGAGAGGAGGAAAGAGCUGGAGGCGAAACGGGCAGAGCGCAAAGCUGCUAAAGGUCCUCUUAAACUGGGCGCACGCAAGCUGGACUGACAGGGAUGCAAAGAAAGAUGUGAGGGUUGGGUUGGAGAGGGAGGAACAUGGACCACAGUGACUGGACCCGGAGCAGUAGAUGGAGGCUUGACAUUCCACAAACAAAGGACCAGAAAGAACAGUCAGAAGGAAACAUUACUGUUGGUUAGUACAGUAGAUGACCAUCAGCUCUGGGAUUCCCUGUUUUUCUUCAUUCAGGAACUGACAGAUGGGUGAAGAAGCAACAAUCCAGUCCUUUAUGAAUGCAUUGUUGUGGAUGGCAGUGCUGAAACAAACAGAGACAGAAACGUGGAAAAGCGGCACAGAGCAGCACUCCCUGCAGCCCGAGGGUUCCUUUUUUUUUUUUUUUUAAUACAUAACAUAUAAAGUUGCAGUUGUAAAGUAAAUGUAUAUAAAUACUGCAUCUUGUCUUAAAAUGACAAAGAAAUUACCCUUUUUUUUUUUUUUAAUUGAGAAA